ACAUCUUCAAUAAAGACUUAGCGUUCAACCAAGGAACUAUUUACGUUCGUGAGUUAGCCGGAGUAUAUUUGCUUUUAGCACGUAACAAUAUUUACCUUUUAAUUCCGAGUGUUUAUGAAAUACCAUCAUACUACUAUCAUAGUUGUGUACAAUUAAGACACGUAGUGAAACCACGAAUGAAUGUUUUGAUGUUUAUAGAGUUUAAAACUGUGCUUAUUAUCACCUGUAUGUUUUUCUAAAUACAGGACGGACAUUCUAUACAGGAAAUGUCGGGGAAAUCGAGCAAGCGGCCUCUGAUCCUUGUCACAGUGUGUGCCGCCCUGUUUAUCGGACUGCUGAUAGCAGUGAUUGUCAUUGUACUCAAAAAGGAUGACGUGUCCCCAGCACCCUAUCUGCCUCAGGAAUGCCCAUCAGCUUCAAAUCUCGAACACAUAACGGGACAGAAAGACGGUCUUGGUGUUAGCUGGUAUACAGGAAACAUUACUGUGAAAGAAGACAUUACACGUUUGCGAGAUGAGAAGACCAAUAUUGUGGAGAUCCUGUUAUCCCAGACACAAGCAGGUGUUUUUGUUAUCAAAGGCACAUCGAUAACGUUAAAAGAAAGCCUGGAAAUUCUUCAUCGUUCAAGCACACUGCUUAAGAUAAAGUCAGAGAUAGCAUCGACAGAGACGUUUAUAAAAAUCCUAGCUGAAAUUGGUCAGUCAGAUGCAAAGGUGAUGUUGACUUUGCCUACUCAAAAACCUGGCAUCAAUGCAACAAGUAUUCUUACCAGACUGAUCGAUCAUUCAAACGUCACAGUUGCACUUGAUCUAAAUGAUCAAUGCUGCGUCAAUAAAAUAGGAAAAGGAACAUUGGAAUACUUUCACGAUUUAACAAGCACGAUGAUAGCAUCAGUUGAAGUAGAUAUCAGAAGCUUAUCAAAGUCUUGGGAUGGUCUGAGGUUGGCUUUGAACAUUGAUCAAAACCUAACACUUAUCGUUACAAUGAAUGAAGAAACAAAUGCUUACGAAAGAUUGUGGGAUGUUCUCUUAGCGAGAAACGAUAUCGACGAAAACAAAUUGUUGUACAACAUGAAAGGAUACUCUGCGGCGUUUAAGACAAUGUCAUCGUCUGCUGGAAGCCCUUUAAUUUAUUUUGACAUUAUGCCCCGAGAUGCGAGUAAAAUCAUUUGGAGCCACAACACAGAUACGUGGGAACAACUAAAUGCUGCCACUGAAGGAAAUGUUAUGAUGAUAGAAGGAGAUAUUCGACUAUUUGCUGAAGGAACAUCCAAUAAAACUGAUACUCCGAUAAUGGCACAUGAUGAAGGGGAUUAUAACAAUCUUUCUUUUGCACAGUGGCUCGAUGCAAUUAUCAAGGUUGACAAAGGAAUGAAAUUCGAUUUUAAAUCAAUUGGGGCUGUGAGGCCAGCAUUAACAAUUACAAACAGACGACUUGAAAUAAAUGGACCGAUCUGGUUAAAUGCUGAUUUGUUAGCUGGACCAGGCCAGAAGCCGCCGACCGUUCCGGCGCAAGAAUUCCUGGACGCUGUUGAAUUAUUUCCUGAAGCAACACUUUCGAUAGGAUGGACUACAAUUCAAAAAGGGAACAACACGCAUUUGAAGUACACAAUGGAUAAUGUGCAAGAAAUACAUGAGCUAUGCAGAAAUCUUUCGCAACCUGUCACAUUUCCAGUUCGCGCGGAACAGUUUAGAGACUCAUUAGAUGAAUUUGAUUGGUUGUUAUCCCAGUCACGUAGUUACACGCUGACUAUAUGGACCGGAAAAGGUGACAAUGUGACGCAAGAUGAUAUGACUUUUAUGAAAGGGCAGUUUGAAAGGUCACGAGUGUACUUUGACCUUCCUGUAGAUUUGAGACCGACGUUAUAUAUAUGACAGACUGCUUUUCAGAAGUUGAGUCCUGUAGCUGAUUACGAUACGGAAUAUUGCACAGAAAUGAGUCAUUGCAUGGCUCAAAUCGUGACAGUUGAAACGAUUACGCGUUGGAGUAUAAACAUAGCUUAACACAUUGUGUCAUGCGUAUCAUUUACAUUGAAUAUGUAACCAGAUUUCAACGUAGAUAAUCAGUUAAAAAGAUCAACUAGUAUAAACGAGAAUCGAUAUGUAAACAUUAAAUUGUAAUUUUAAAAGCAAUUAUGUAAUUUUACAACGUUAAAUUGUGUCGACAUUUGUCAGACUCAGUUAAUUUUGUAUUGAAUAUAGAAGCUAUUGAAUAUAGUUGCGGCGCAAUCCUUUUUGUUUAAGGAUAAGAACUUUAAUGUAACACCAACGUAUACGUUUGUUUCCCCAGCUCAUUGUCGUUUGAAUCCCACUGCUCUGUUUCUCUAAUCAGGGAUUUCUUUUGAUUUUUAGACUAGUGGGCCCCUUUUCAAUAAAGAACUUUUAGUCGUAAAUCUUACGCUGCUUAAGAGUGGUCGGGUUCAACCGUAAAGUUACGGGAAGAAUCAUUGCGAUAAAUGUCUUUACGUUUAUUUUAUUGAAACGCAGCUUACGCCAAAAACGGAGUUACGUCUAGAAAGUUACGAUCUUAAGCCUUACGAUCUUUAUUGAAAUGGGGCACAUGACUUUUUCUCUUUAGAUUUUAUUGUAUUUUCGUUCAGUAAAAUAUUGCUGAUGACGUAAUUCUUUGAUGAACCAUCUUCUCUGUACAUAUAUCAGUCACGCUGUCGCGCAAUUUGGAUGGUCUAUGAUUCAAAAAUCAGUACAUAAAGGCCUGUGCCGUCUUACUUAUCAGUUUUGCAAAACAAGACAUUGGGUUAAAACAAGCACCUGUAAUAUGGCCGUUCAUGGUUUAAUAGGUAGAUACCCAUUAUAUGUAUAUAGAUAUGCUAGAAUUGUAACAGUUUGGUGUAAGAUUUUUUUUCUUCAGAUAACAUUAUUAUAAAUAACCUUUACAAUGAUAUGUUUGGUAGUCUUGAUACUCGUUAUAAUUGGGCUAAUGAAGUAAACACUUUGUUAGAUAUAAAUGUAUUAUCUUAUGUGUGGAUAAAUCCAAACUAAUUCAAUUCAUUAAUUUGAAAAAUCUCCAUAUUUUGUUUAAAAUAGAGUGAUCGAUGUCUUUAUACAGACAUGGUAAGAAAACGUAUACAAAUGCCAUAUCUUAUCAGGGGCGUAGCGUGGGAAGAACUGAGUUUACUCGAAAUAUGUCAUUUGUUUGCGGGGGGUCCGGGGGUCCUCCCCCUGAAUUUGUUUUUAGAAUGCAAAAUCAGGGGCUUAGGGGCUUAAAUUGAUAUCAACUGUAUUGUUUUUUAAGCUGAUUUUUUUGUCUAGUUUUUCAAAAUAAAAUGAAGGAGAUCAUA